UAAAUAAUUUAACUUUUCACUAAAGUACUGACUAUUGUGUUUAUAUUUCCGAACGUGACUAGCCAUUGAUCUUUCGUGCAAAAAAAAAGCCGAUUGAGCUCGACGGCGCGGUCGGGUUGGUUGCCGAUUGGUGAACGAUUUGUAGAAAGAAGGAAAAGAAAAAUGGCAAAAUGGUGUAAGAACGGCUAAGGACCGAGGAGCCAUGUCUUCAGGCGGCGAAUUCGUGGAAGGGUGGGUCGUCACGCAGGUGCUGGGUGAAGGGGCCUAUGGAGAGGUCCGGCUGCUGAUGCACGCGCGGUCGGGCGCGUGCGUGGCGCUGAAGGCGGUGCGCGAGGCGGCGGGCGGCGCGGCGGGCGCGCGCGAGGCCGCGCUGCACCGCGCGCUGCGGCACCCCAACGUGCUGCGCUGUCUGGGCGAGCGCCACCACGCCGGCGUGCACUAUCUCUUCCUCGAGUACGCGCAAGGCGGCGAGCUCUUCGAUCGUAUCGAGCCGGACGCGGGCAUGGCGGCGGGCAGCGCGCGCCGCUACUGGCUGCAGCUGGCGGCCGGCCUGCGCUACCUGCACGCGCGCGGCGUGGCGCACCGCGACAUCAAGCCCGAGAACCUGCUGCUCGACCACAACGACACGCUCAAGAUAUCCGACUUCGGCAUGGCCACGCUGUUCCGGCACGGCGCGCGCGAGCGGCUGCUGUCGCGCGUGUGCGGCACGGAGCCGUACGCCGCGCCCGAGGUGCUGGCGGCGCCGCGCCGGCCGUACCGCGCGCCGCCCGCCGACCUGUGGGCCGCCGCGCUCGUGCUGCUCGCCAUGCUCGUCGGAGCCUCGAAGCCUCGCCGCAUGGACCGCCCGCACCCGCACGGCCGGCCGACGCGUCUCAUUCGGCGACCGCUUGCAGAGCUGCCGUGGGAGCGCGCCAGCGAGGAGGACGCGCGGUACUGCGCGUGGCGGGCGUGGGCGCAGGGCGCGAGCGGGGGCGAGCCGCCGCGCGGCGCGUGGCGCAGGCUGGCGGCGGGCGCGCUGGGCCUGCUGCGCCGCGCGCUGCGCCCCGACCCCGCGCGCCGCCCCGCGCUCGACGCGCUGCUCGCGCACCGCUGGCUGCGCGACGAGCGCGAGCCCACAGGAUUUUAUGCUAUUGCUAUACUCUGCCAGAAGCAAGAGUUCAGAGGUCGUAUGUGUAUCCGUGUGAAUGGCUCGUAUCUAAGCCGUGUUGUGUGUUGUGCGACAGACGCGACGGACGGCGCGCGCGUGUGGAGCUCGCAGCCGGCGGGCGGGGCGGGGGGCGGGGCGGGCGGCGACGCGGACGGGCUCAGCGCGCGCGACAUGGACGAGCUGCUGAGCUACUCGCAGCCGGCGCGCGGCGACGAGCUGCUGCUGGGCUCGCCCGAGCGCGGGCCGGCGCCGCUGCAGCGCCUCGUGCGCCGCAUGACGCGCGUGUUCGUGCGCGCGCCCGAGCCCGCCGCCCUGCGCGCGCUCACCGACCUGCUGGACGCGCGCGGCUACCUGUGGCGCUACCUGCACCCCCGCAUCCUGGCGAUCGAGUGCGGGUCGGUGAAGAUGCGCGCGUGGGCGGUGCGCGUGCGCGCGGCGGGCGGCGGCGCCGAGCGCGUCAUGCUGGAGUUCCGGCGCUCGCGCGGCUGCGGGCUCGCCUUCAAGCGGCGCUACGUGGAGCUGCGCGACGCGCUGCGCCCGCUGGCCGCGCCCGCGCCGCCGCUCAGCCCCGCCGACCCCGCCGACCCCGCCGACCCCGCAGACCCCGCAGACCCCGCCACCCCCACAGACCUGCUCGCGCCGCCCGCAGACCUCUCGCAGCCCAUGGACACGGACGUCGAUUAGUCGGCACGAGCAAUCUCACGUUUUAGUAUGAUAAUUGUUUGUUAGUGAUCAAAUGAAUACUGAAGACUGAUAUUUUUAUACUCUGUACGAUAUUUUUGCAUGGAACCGUUUGUUGUAAUUGUUAAUUUUAAAUAUUAUGCUUGUCAAAACUCCUAUAAAAUAACAAUAAAAACUAGACUAUAACAUAAUAUUACUACUGAAAAAUACCUCAGAUCAUACAAAUCAAAAUAACUUGUUGAAUGAAAAAUGAAUAUUCACGGAUCUGAAUUCGUGCUUUCAUAGUCUUAAGAAUUACAUAAAAGACUUUAUUAUUAAACAAAAUGUCAAUUAAAAUGUGAUCAUCUAAGAUAAGUUACUUGUAAUAAUUUAUAUAUUGAAUAAAGAAGUUGUUUUUAA